AUGGGGACAGAUCAGGAUGAGAGUGGAUACCAGAGACAGUUCAAUGCAGCCGUGUCGGUUAUUCAAGGCUUGCCAAAAAGCGGCUCAUAUCGCCCUUCCUAUGAGGAGAUGCUGCUCUUCUACAGCUACUACAAGCAGGCCACGGUUGGACCUUGCAAUAUCACCCGUCCUGGUUUCUGGGAUCCUAUUGGAAGAUAUAAAUGGGAUGCCUGGAACAAGUUGGGUCAGAUGAGCCAGGAAGAUGCCAUGGGUGCCUACAUAAGAGAAAUGAAGAAAGUAGCCCAAAAGAUUAUCAACACAGUACCUCUGGAAGACAAAACGCCUGAGAUGUUUGAGCCUUUCCGCCCCCUGUAUGAAGUCAUUCCAGAUAUGCCCCGCCCCCCAGAUUCCUUUUUCAAGACUUACACUGAAGAGGAGACCUUUGAAGUUGACAAGUACCAAGUGUUAAAGGAGGAAAAAGAAGAGCAAUAUGUAUCCACACCUGAGCAAACGGACCCGGGCGCUCACUGGGGUCAGGGGAAAGAAGAGGAACGCAGUGACCCUGUAGGACCAGAGAGGAUGAAGGAUCAUGACCCUGCCACAGUGUCACCGUCCUUGGGCCAUGCCUGCUUAAAGAAUCCUGGUGAGUCAAGUAGCUCAGACAUGUCCAGCGGAUCACAGAAUACAUGCCGAAGUUCAUCACACCACUUGAGCCCUCAGAUUGCUGCCACGGUGGAGUCUCUACAGGCAUCAGUUCAGGGACUCAGUCAGCAGCUAGAAGUGCUGGAACGCAUAUUACAGGAUCAGCAACAGUACAUACGUGAACGAAUACAGAGAUCGUCCAAAGAGCCGAAUCCCCAGCGCUCUGGAAUUGGCCAGUCCCAGACCCUCCUUUUCAUCGUUAUCUGGCCUUUCUUCGUAAACUGGCUUCUACGAAGACUUUACGGGAGGAAAAGUUGACCUGUCUAGUGAGCCUUCUCGAUAGACACCCUCCAUAGAGGAGAUGGACAAGAACCCGCAUGAGCAGGAGCUGUUGCUUUCUAAUAGAGAGCACUAAAACUAAUUUUGGGGCUCGGUGACUGGAAAAUGUGAUGCUGCUUUGUUGAUUGAGCCUGGUAACGAAUAGGUUAAUUGUCUUAAUCUUUUCUUGUACUCUGUAUAAUAUUGCAUUGUUUUCCUUACCUCGUUUAUCUCCUCCAGUAUGUCUGCAGUGGCUGGAGAUUUACCUGAUAAAUAGCCUUUUUCUUUGAAACACCCCUGGGAAAGCUAAGACAAAGGCAGCAUAAACAUACUGAAACCCACAUACAAUAGACUUAGGCACAGCAGGAGAUCAUACAUAGUAGAGCAAGUAUUGAGCUGAUCAAGGAAGGAAUUGAUCGCAGAUUUGGUCAGGACUAGGAUGGGAGCACAGAGCUGGGCAGGGUUAGAAAGCGAACACAGCUGCUUUAAGA